GACUGGUGGCCAGGACCCGGGCAGUGUGAGUGCCACUGAAAAUCAGCUCGUGUGCUGCCUUCGGCACAUGUGCCAUAGGUUGUCUACCCCUGGGCUAGAUUGUGACUUGAAGUAUGCACUAGCACAGUGGCAUGAGGGGGAGACUCCCCUUUCACCCUGCAGAAGCUACCUGGAACUUAAGUGUGCAAAAGUAAACAGGUGCGGUGGUGCCCGUUUACUCAUUCUUUGGAGUGAGUGGGCAGAGAAGAGUAGGGAAUAUUGGAGCCUUGAGUCUGCCUCCCCAUGUGCUGGCCAGCACAUCUGAGCCAGUGAGGGCUAAGGCUUCUGGCAUAGGCUACCAGUAGAUUACUACUCUUGUGCAAGAGGGGAACCAAGAGAAAGUGGUGCUUCCAAGAGAUAUCUCAGAGUCACCUUUCCUCCUGAGGCUGCUUCUGGAGUCAUGCAGUUUAUGCAUUGACCCUCGCCCAGGACUGUGUCAUAAAGUACAAUCUAGCCCUUUGGGUCUGGUGAUUCCACCACCCUUAUUCAUGCUGUGUGAUAGGCCCACUGAAAUCAUUUCUACUACUUGCAGAGUCUGGUACUUCACACCAUGAGUAAGGGUAGCAGAAUCUGGCCCUAAAUAAGGCCAUGUCUACAUUAUGGGUGCUUUAGUGGCCUAGGGCUUGUCUACACUUGAAACAGCACAGCUGCAGUGCUUCAGUGUUGACACUACCCCCUACACCAAUGGGAGACGUUCUCUCGUCAGCAUAGGUAAUCAACUUCCCUGAGAGGUGGUAGACUGGGUUGACAGAAUUCUUCUGUUGACCUAGCGCUGUCUGCCCUAGGGUUUAAGUCGGCUUAACUACGUCGCUCAGGGUGUGUAUUUUUUAUAUCCCUGAGGUAGAUAGUUAGGUCAAUGUAACUUUUUAGUGUAGACCAGGCCAUACAUAGCUACAGUGCCAUAGCUAUGCCUCAGUAACCCCAUAGCAUAAAUGCAAACUGCAGUGAUGGAAGGGAUUUUUCCAUCGUUGUAGGAACUCAACCUUCCUGAACGAAGGUAGGUAGGACAACGGAAGCUUUCUUCCAUCCACCUAACUGCGUCUACAUUGAGGGUUAAGUGAUGGGUUUUUCACAUCCCUGAGCACUGUAGUUAUGUUGGCCUAAGUUGUAAGCAUAGACCAGGCCUAAUACUCUUGUGGGCUGGGCAGAACAUCAUUGAAACUGAUGCAUGAAGCAGCAGUCCUUCAUUCAGAAUAAAUGUUAGAAACAAUAGGGGCCUCAAACCAGAACACAAGCACACACAUGUGAGUCUGCUCAGGACUUAGAAUGAUGUGGGCAGAGGGAUCUUGUUGGGUAUUGUUUGGUGGAGUUAUGUGUGUGGGAGAGAGAAGGGAACAGGGAGAAACACCAGAGAAGCAGAGAGAAGGCAGCAAGGAAGCUCCAGAGUCCAGACAAGCACAGUGUGUGGCCCUGAGAAAAGCCUAGAAAGAGUUUUCAAGGUGGGUGCUGCCAAAAAGAAUCUUGAAGCUGUGAGCAAAGCUGUUGUUUGAUUCCUGCUGUGUCUGGGAAACAUGACUUUGUACAUUCUUUGUAAAUAAACAGGAUUACAUCAAAGAAAUACCUGACCCCAUCCUAGUGGAAAAAACCUGCAGGGCCCCAAACUUUGGCCAACCACUCAUGUCAAAAGGGGUAACAAUACUAUCAAAACAAAGGCAUCAAAGUUUAGGCCAGAUUGUGGCCCAUCCUGCAAAAGGGAAUAAGGGAGCAAAAAGUACUCCCUUGCUUCCCUGCAUCAGCUUCCCAUUUUCAAGGGGCUGUUAUACCUUCCCUCUGCAUGCAUGGGCAGGAAGAGAUGGGGAAUAGGCAACCUUAGCACCACUGCUUAGUGUUGGGGGAUGUAUAGGUAUAAAGUUGGGGCAGGGUAUGUCCCCCUCCCUUCACCUGGAGCUGAGGGGACUAGUAGGCACAUUGGCCCAUAUCCUCAAAGGUAAUUAGAUGCCUAACUCCCAUUGAAAUCAAUUGGAAUCAGGCAGUUAAAUACUUAGAGGAUCUCGAGUCUCGGCCAUUUUGACUUCCUCAGUCACAGUCUGCUUCCUGAUGUGCUCUUAGGGUAACACAAUGCAUGGGCCCAUAUGUGGAGCUUAUGCAAAGCCACAAUUGACCCCUUUUGAUUUGCAAUAUCUGUGCUUUAUAACUCCAGCUGUUUAUUGACAAUGAUCAGGUUUUUUUCCUCUUAAUAUUUGCUCCAUUAUUCUCAUAAGAAUAAACAUUACAUUUAAGGGAUCCUUUCAUUUUUUGAACACUGCUAUUACAUUUACUUUCAUCCAGUCUUUCAGUACCUCCUCAUUUGUCAAGAUUUUUCAAAACUGUAUAAUCAGUUCAUUUGCUGAUCCCAUUAAUACUCAACAAUGCAGAUAAUCAAGACUGGCUGAUAUUCUAUGAUUGAAUUUUAUAAAUAUUUCAUUACCUGCUCUUUAUCGUUAGUCUUCAUGGGUCUUCCUUCCGCUCCUCAUUACUGCACAUGUGAGAAGGUGCACUAUGACCCAUCCUAUAAAACCUAAGAUACUGCUAAAGGGAGGAUACUGGACUUGCUGACUCACUUAAGGUUGAUCCAAAACUCAUUGAAGUCAAUGGAAAAACUGGUUGACUUCAAUGAUCUUUGGAUCAGACUUGUAGAGAGGUUAGACACAUGGGUAUAAAACAACAAAAUGAGAUUCAGAUUGGAGAAAUGCAGCCUAAUAUACCUGGGGAAAAAUACAUCCAAAAUAACAAUCUUUAAUGGGAUGGAGAAGCAUAAAAAUCAAUUUGUGACAGAUAUUGCAACUGCAUGCAAUAAAUCCAGCCCCCCAAGGCGCCUGGUGAGCCGGAGACUGAGCAGCGGCAGCAGCAUGGCAGGGGACAGUGAGCAGAGCCUGCAGGAGCACGAGCAGCCUGGCGGUGGGGAGCCCUUCCUGAUCGGGGUCAGCGGCGGCACAGCCAGCGGCAAGUCAUCAGUCUGCGCCAGAAUCGUCCAGCUACUGGGCCAGAAUGAAGUGGAUUAUCGCCAGAAGCAGGUGGUGAUACUGAGUCAAGACAGCUUCUAUCAGGUCCUUACCUCUGAGCAGAAGUCCAAGGCACUCAAGGGCCAGUUCAACUUUGACCACCCAGAUGCCUUUGACAACGAGCUCAUUGUCAAAACGCUCAAAGAGAUCAUGGAAGGGAAGACAGUCCAGAUUCCUGUCUAUGACUUUGUUUCCCAUUCCAGGAAGGAGGAGACGGUGACUGUGUACCCAGCUGACGUGGUCCUCUUCGAGGGCAUCCUGGCCUUCUACACCCAGGAGGUCCGGGAUCUCUUCCGGAUGAAGCUGUUUGUGGACACGGACGCAGACACCCGGCUGUCCCGCAGAGUGUUACGAGACAUCAGUGAGCGAGGCCGGGACCUUGAGCAAAUCUUGUCUCAGUACAUUACUUUCGUCAAACCAGCCUUUGAGGAAUUCUGCUUGCCAACCAAGAAGUAUGCUGACGUGAUCAUCCCCAGGGGGGCAGAUAAUGAAGUGGCCAUAAACCUGAUCGUGCAGCACAUCCAGGACAUUCUGAAUGGAGGACAUAGCAAACGCCAGAUCAACAGCUGCCUGAAUGGCUACACCGCUCCGUGCCAGAGGCAGCCUUCUGAGUCAAGUAGCCGGCCACACUGACCCCAGACAUUGGGGUGAGGUUGGGGGUGGAUGGUGGUUGGGCUCUGCUGCAGCUGAUCUGUCCGUACUGUGUCCAAUCACACUCCCACCCCGAUAUUUAAGAAACCAGAUGGAGACACAUGCCUUUAAUUUUGUAUCUUGGAAAUGAGAGAGGAGCAUCUGGAUUCCCAGAUGCCGCUGGGGAUGCCUACCGCUGGCUUCGCUCAGUAACCACUCCAGCACAGAACCGUCUAUCAAUACAGAAUCGCUCUAUUUUUGUGUAAAAAGAACAAUGUAAAACUACUUGCCAUAAGAUAUUUGCCAGGCUUGGUAUUGCUGAAGGCAGCUGGGACAGGGGGGCGGAGGGGGACACACGGGUGCUGCUGGCAUGGGGAACUGGUAAGUGUGGGAGGGGAAAACUGCAGCAAAGGCUUCAAACUAGGUGACCAAGUGGCUUAGGAGCCAGAAGCAGCCACCCCAUGGCUGGGGCGUGGGUGGAGGCUUGGUGUGGAGCAUACUGUGAUGCUUUUGCUGCUGGCCUGCGUGGCUUGUCACACAGCUGCUGUGCCUGUUCUGCAGGAGGGUGCUGGGUUUGGUUGGUGGGGAGGGGUGGAGUAGGGAUUGAGGGCUGAAACCUUGGCUGCCCUUUCCUACUCUGCUUUCCCUCCCCCAUCCCUGCUAGCUGCCUGCCUUGCCAAGGCUCCCCAGUGCUCCUGCCUGAGUCACUCAGCACUGCCCCUGUCCCUCAGCUGACUUCCUGCUGGCUGUGGUUUUGGGGCUGGAGUGAUUCAUCCCACAAAGAACUGGCUGGGGGGGAGGGGAGGAGAGGAUUUUGAAAGGAUGAAAUUCUGGGCUUGGCUGACAGCUGCUGGUCCUCAGAGUCCUGCCACAUGGCUGGGUGUCAGGAGCACCUCACCCCUGUCUGGCUACAAGUGUCUGGGGGCUUUCCUCGGCUGCCUGGAUUUUGGUAGGGGAAGGCCUGGGGCCAUGGGUAGAGCAAUAUGAUAGACAUGAGUGCGCUCUAGCACCAUCCCUUGGCUAGCUGCUGAAAUAGCAAGAGCGCCAGGUGAGAGCUCGGCAGCGCCUGUGUAGUGUGUGGGGGUGGGGGAAAACGUGCAUGCUGUCUGAAGUGGCCUUGGUCCUCCAUGAGCGGAGUUUGAGCUCAAGCUCUGCUUACAGCAUCCCUGAGGCUGCUCCCCAGCUGGUCUGUGGGGAGAAGAAAGGCAGUUGGGCUAGAAGCUACAGAGCAGCCCCUCCCAGUAAGCCCCGCAGAGUAAUGUUAUACCAGGGCAUUGCAGCAUUGGCACAGGGGUGUGUGUCUCAUGCCCAGCUGGCUGUGAAGAGCCUAGCACUGCUGGCACUCUGGGGCCACCCUAGAUCAAGCUCCUCUGAGACUGGAACCUCUGCCCCCUAGAGAAGCAUGGCCCCAUGACCAGUUUCUACUUGAAACUCCCAGGGCAAACCACUGAGUGCUUUGGCUGGGAUUUGGGCCAGAGGAUCAGAUUGUGUCCACACUCUCCCUGCUACCUGCCUUCUUUGCCAGCUGGUGGGAUCUUCUCCCUGCUGGUGCUGGGCAAAGCAAACUCUUUUCAGGGCCCUCGACUUAGCAUUGGGCUUGCUGUUCGCUCAGAGCCCCCUGGGCACGUGUUCUCUCUCUCCCUAUUACUAGAACAGCAAAGGGCUGAGCAGUCACUGCUAUGGGGAGUACGGUAGAGGGCAGGUCUAGAGGGGCCAUCCUGAUUGGGCUGGGGUGUUAGCCCUCCAAAUUACUUCAGAAUUGGCUUGGUUAAGGAUCUGAGCUGGACUGGACCUGGAGCGAGUUCUCUGCUCCCUGAGAAGGUGCUAAACCCACAUGUGCCUGUAUUCAGACCCCAGCCUGCCAGUAUUGCCUUGGGAGACAGUAUCCCGAAGCACUUGCUCUUUUCACAGAGCUCUGCGGAGACCAAAGCCAUUACAGUUCAUUCCGAGGGGCAGAUGGCCGUGCUGGUGGUGAGUGACUGCCAUGAUGUGACACAGACCAUGGGACUUCAAUUUAGUGCCAGUGCUGCAGCUGUCAGGCACAGCUGUGCUUGAGGGGCUAUCACUGUGGUGAUAGGGACCCCCCCAACCCCAAGAGCCUCCAUGGGGGGGUGGGGAAUGGGAGCAAAGGGAUGGUUCUUCAUGGGGAAGGAGCAGCACUGGAAAGGGUCUCUUCUGCUCAUCUUGGGUUCCCUUAAGAACUGAGGAAUCCCCCAGUGCUAACCUUGUCAUGUCCCAUUGAGCUCUGUGCUGUGGCCUCUGCCCUCAAGCCUGCUGGCACUUUGCUCUCCUUUUGCCUAAGCGGCUCCCCACAUGGGACUGGGUGGCUUCCCAGGGGGCUCACUGUCUUUGUGAGCUGUUCAGUACCAGGCUCCUGUGCUUUGGGGUGAGCCUUCAAAGCUCAGGCUUGUUCUUGUCCCUGUGUGGACAUCUAGAGUCCUGCAAGGCUGCUGCAUGGUCCUGCUCUUGGGCUAACUGAGGAAUAACCUAGAGGCCUGGCUUCUUAGAGAAAAGAGAUGCUUAUUAUUCACCUUCUGCUGGCUCUUCCCUCUCCUCUAGCUGAACCGGGCGUGGGUGGAGGCUUGGUGUGGAGCAUACUGUGAUGCUUUCGCUGCUGGGAGAAGUCGUGGUGUGUGAUAGGCUCUCUGAGACCACAAGGGGGCAAGGAAGGGAAUAGAUGCCCUAAGUCAGCACUGCCAGGGGCAAAACCAUUCCCUCUCUUCCUCUCCUGUCAUGGGAUGAGAAGCCCUUCUCCUCUCCACCCUGUCCAGAAACCCCUCCAACAAACUCCUGAGGCAUGGCAGUCUCCCUACUCCUGAGACCCAGUGACGCCUGGGUUGCCCCAAGAGGACCAGAGGCCAGCACUUAGGUAACAAGUGUCUGGAGCCCUACAGAGGGGGAGAGGUUUCUAGGGGCUGGAGGCUCAGCCUGGGUGAGGUGGCUUUCAAGACUGAUGUACUGUUCUGCCCUUCCCUGUAAAUAAAGAUGAAAUAACUGGA